AACAAACCUGUUUGUCUGCUUGCAACCAGGAAGCCAAUCAAAGGUUGCACCAAGAAGAGAGAGAAAGAGAGAGAGAGGGUGACAUGAAGAAAGAGAGGCAAAGAAGAAACAGCAACAUUUGAGGCCAAGACAGAGAACAUUUUUCCGCUGUGCUGUGAGUACACGUCUCAGCUCUGUUGACCCUGAUUAUGUAGGACUGCUGUGCUGCUGAGAUGUAUACAUGAAUAUUGGUAAAGAGAGUGCUGUGCUCAGUAAUGGCCAAGAAAGGCUGAAUGUGCAGAGAGUUAAGGGGUGGAGAGAGUGACGAGAGAGAAAGGAAUGUGAUGAUAAAGGUUUAAACUGUUUCAACCGUUUAUUGUCAGUCUCAAAUCAUCCUUUCCUUUGUUUUUAGUACACACUUUCUCAUCAUAGGCAUCUGGAGUUGGACCUUGUAUUUUGUAAUUUUUCUGAGUUGCUGACAGAAGUGAGAAGCCACAAACAGAGAGGAGUGGCGGUUUUAAGUGGCGCUUGGAUUGUAUUUUUGUUAAGAUGCUGUCAUUGCACAUGUGGUCUUUUGCUGGAUCAUGUAAUCCUGUUGGGUUAUUGUUACAUGGAUCAAGGAUGGAUGCUGUUUGAGGAGGCUAAGAUGUAUGCUUUUCAGAUGAAGUUGAGAACUCAUUGUAAGGGCAACAAAUGCCAGCCUAAACACUCAAAAACCUGAGCCAGUGUCAAUAGCUGCUCCAGUUUCUGCUCAUAAACAUUCACACACAUUCAGACACUGAACUUCCACAACUCUUGACAAAGUAGGACCAUUGGUACUUAUUGCCACACCCCGCGGAUACAGACAGACAGACUGACAUUUAAGGUAGUUCUUGGUUGCACAUCGCUUGCACACACAAAACAGUGAAAUGAUGGCAGCAGCAGGUUCAGGAGCCUCAAGCUCCCAGCCCUCUACUGGCGGAGACCGACGUCUGGUGGACAAGGCCCUCAAAAAAAUGGAUAAGCUCCAUGAGCUGUGCACUAACCCCCGGCUGGGCCUGAGGAACAGUCCGCCAUACUUGCCAGACCUGGUAUCUGAGGCGACAGCCCUGCUCGUCCAGGUUUGGGAGCCGUUCAGAGGCUCAAAGGCGGCAGGCGGACAGGUGCCCAGGGGAGACGAGGCCAUCUACCUGAGGGUCCAUGUCAGAAACCUGCUGGAUAAGACGGACAGGGCCGUGCUGCUGUUUAAAGAGGGACGGGAGAAGAUAUUUGAGGAGUCAUCCAGCUACAGGAGAAGCUUGACCAAACUGUCCUUGCUGUUCAGUCACAUGCUGUGGGAGAUGAAGGCCAUGUUUCCAGACGGAUCUUUUCAGGGUGACACCUACAGGGUGAAUAAGGCAGACGCUGAGAAGUUUUGGUGGCAAUCAUUUGGAAACAAGUGUAUAGUUCAGUGGAACAGUUUUAAAGAGCAGCUGCGGAGCGUGCAUGCAUUUGAGGAAGGGAUGGAGUCCAUGGCGCUGAAAUCAACCAUCGAUCUCACCUGUAAUGACCACAUAUCUGUGUUUGAGUUUGACAUCUUCACCAGAUUGUUCCAGCCCUGGAAGUCACUUUUAAGGAACUGGAACCAACUAGCAGUAACUCAUCCGGGCUACAUGGCCUUCCUCACCUAUGACCAGGUUGUAGCUCGUCUGGAACACUACCUGCAUAGGCCUGGAAGCUAUAUCUUCCGUCUGAGCUGCACAAGAAUGGGCCAGUGGGCUAUUGGCCACGUGACCACUGAAGGUGACAUCGUCCAGACUAUCCCCCACAAUACGCCUCUCUACCAGGCACUCAUUCAAGGCUUCGAGGAGGGCUGCUACCUGUACCCAGAUGGCCGUGAUGUGAACCCCGACCUGACGAGCUUGUGUGGACCGACCCAGUGGGGCAAAGUCAAAGUUACAGAAGAGCAGUAUGAGCUUUACUGUGAAAUCGGCAGCACCUUCCAACUGUGUAAGAUCUGUGCAGAGAGGGAUAAGGACACUCGUAUCCAGCCCUGUGGGCAUCUCCUGUGCCAACCCUGCCUCACAGGCUGGCAGCAGAAGUCAGCUGGCCGCACCUGCCCAUACUGUCGCUGCGACAUCAGAGGAACAGAGUCCGUAGUCAUCGAGCCCUUCCUGGCAGGCAGCGGUCACUGGGAGGAGGAGGACGAUGACACAGAGGAGGAAGACCAUGAGGACAUUGAAGUCAUGGUAAAGGAAAUGGCUGCCCUGAGGAAGUUCUCAAGUUUGGAUUACCAGGUGCCCAGCUCCCACCUCUGCGUUCCACCUCUGCCACCUAAAAACAGCACAAUCCCACACUCUUCAUUUCCCCCUAACCAGUCCUUGACAUUAGAAACCAAGAUGCCUGCCAAACACUCCCACUCCGGUUCAGCUCAUCGUGUCAGUGAAACACGCAGACGACACAAACAACAAACAAAGAUAAAUAGGCGUCAGGGGGAGGAGUCACACAACAGUGAGGAGGAUGACUCUGGUAUGCCACACUCAUUCUCCCACAGUGCUGAACACCUCUGCGAAGCAACGUUUCCUUCUUCAUCACAGAGGGCUGUUGACAGUGGAGCAGCCUGGCUCGGACCCUCCCACCCAGUCAAAGAUAGAAGACAUAAAGAGAGGGAGGAACGGAGAGCUGGUCCCAGAAAAGACAAAUAUGGCCUGGGUGACAUGACGAGAACAAUGUCAUCCUGACAAAAAAAAAAAAACUCGGUAAAACAAAGACUCUUUAAAUGAAAUGAGAGAUACCUGGGGACUAAAUGUUCUUCAAAACAUCAGCCUUCAGGGUAUGUAAAAAUAGUUUUUGGUGUCAUGUUUGACUGGACAUGACCAUGUGUGUGUGUUGCACUGCUGAAGUCGAGAUGUCUGGGUGGAACUGACAGAAAAUCUACCCACUGAGGCCUCCUACUGUUCAAUAAUCACACUGCCAUUAUCUCCACAGUAGGUUCAGCACUGAUUCCUAAAUGUAGUCUCACACACUGUCUUUUUGAUAAUUAAAGCAUUUUCUCCAUCCAAUGGUAGAAACGAAUGAAAGGCUUGAUAAUUGAAAAAAUAAUUAUGUGGACAAAUGAAGGGGAGCAAUCAAAUAUUGAACAUUUCAAUCAUUAGAAAUGUGCUACCUCCUCAUUACCCAUACCAUAAGUUUGUUCUUAUGGGUAAGUUGUGUGAGUAAAUGCAGGCCUUUACAUAUUUCAAUAAAACAGUGGUACUAAAAUUAAACAAAUAAAGUUGUGACUGAAACUUGA